AUGUCCGACCCAGCCAACCCCCUAAAAGCGCCCCUCUCCACAAAAUCCACGGUCCUCGAGUCCGCCGCCUCCGCAACCCAAGACUUCACGCCCACAAACCAAAUCUGCGCGCAUCUGCACGCCUUCCACGUCUACGCCGACGACCCCACCCGCUGCGUCGAAGCAAACCACUACUGCAGCCACCUAACCGAAGACAUCCGGCAGUGCCUGAUCUACGACAGCGCAGGCAAGAACGCAAAGCUGAUCGGGAUCGAGUACAUGGUCACCCCGCGGCUGUACGACACUCUCCCACCCGACGAGCGCAAGCUCUGGCAUAGCCAUGUCUUCGAGGUGAAAUCGGGGAUGCUGAUUAUGCCGACGCCGCGCGGUGUUCCGAACGGGGUCUGGGAAGCUGCUGAGACAAGCGAAAUGCGCGACGUCAUACCCCUCUACGGCAAGACGUACCAUCUUUGGCAGGUUGAUCGCGGCGACCCGGUGCCGAUGGGCGAGCCGAAGCUCAUGCUCAGCUUUACGGACGAGCAGAAGGUGAAGAUGGCGGUGGCGGGCGGGUUGGAGGAGUUGGUGGCCAAGCGCGACGAGGAGUUUGGGGUUGAUACGCGCACCAAGGCGGAGAAGCGGGGGGGUAUUGGGGAGCCGGAACGGCAUCCUGAUGCGGAUGCGAUGUGGGAGGUUCAUGCGAAGGGGGCUUAA